ACGGGUCGCACGUAUAAGGUCACAGUCUGCGCACGUGAAAGGUCACAAUCUGCGCAUGCACGAAUACUCUAUCCUUCCUGUUAGUGAACACAAGGCCUAACAAAGCAGCAGUGUUAGAGAGACAUAAAGAGUUUUAGCGAGCUGUUGAACAGCCACAUAUUUGACACCGCUAAGCGUCAAAACAAAGGAGCCACCCACCUUUCAGAGGAAGGGUUUGGACGUACAACCAUGGACAAUGAUCGUAUAUACAACCUGACGGAAGUUAGCAACGGCAAGGCUCUCCUUCUACUUCCGGUAUCGAUACUGGCCGCCAUCUUGAUGUUACUCGGAAUAGUUGGAAACACCGCUGUCAUUACCGUCAUUUGGAAAAGAAUGCCUAAAAAUGCCAUCAACUCCUUCAUACUAACGCUGGCCAUGUUCGAUCUGUUCAGCUGCGUUGCUUGUUCCCCUCUAGACAUUGUGGAGCUUCGUUACCCUCACGAAUUCCCCAUCCCUGGACUAUGCAAACUCCUUCGUUUUGCAAGAACUUUAAGCACAAGUUCUUCCGGUUUCUUGCUCAUUGCCAUCGCGACAGAGAGAUAUCGUCUCAUUUGUAAAUAUAAGAAAUCACAUAUGUCGGCAAGCCAGGCAUGGAAGACAUGUGGCGUCAUUUUUGUAGUAGCUACGGUAAUAUCAACCCCGUCUGUUGUGUUAUUUGGAUCAAAGACUGUCGCCCUCCAAGGUGGUUUGAACGGAACAGAAUGUUCAAUAAGUGACAGUUAUAAAGGCUCCAUAUUUCCCGUGCUAUUUUAUUCGUUACUUAUUUUCUUGUUUUUCGGAACGUUUAUCUCUUUGUGUGUUUUGUAUGCCUUUGUUGGAAUUCAGAUUUGGAAAGGAAGAAAAAUUAGAACUAAACGGUUUUCUUCGAUGUCAGCACUGAGCAGGGAUACGGUAAACGCAGCCCUAAACAAUACCUUAGAAGCACUGGAGUUCCCAUGUGAUUCCCUUAAAAGGACGACUUCUUUUUUUGGCGAAAGGGCACAAAAGGCGAAGGAAUACAGUCGUAGACGAACUACUUUAAUCAUGGUGGCUAUUACAUCCGUGUUCCUCACCAGUUGUCUCCCCUACAUCAUAGUCGCCAUCUGUAGAUUUCUCAUCAAAGACAUUGACUCAUAUCUAACGGAGACUGGGGAGGUGUUCUUCCAUUUUAGUUUGAAAUCCUUCAUGUUCAGUCCUGUGUUAAACCCAUAUAUUUAUGGAUAUUGUAACGAGCGAUUCAAAAGGGAAUUGCUGAAGUUAGCAAUAGUCAAAACCAUACAAAAGAAGUUACAGAAGGGAGAUAACUCUGACACAAGUCAGUCCCCAACUUACUCAGCUGCAAAUAACGAUGAAGUAGACAAAUAAAACAAACAUUCUUCUGUACUGAAAAACAUGAAUAAACA